CCAGGAUUGAUUUCUGUGGAAGCUGUGUGAUCACCCUCUUUAAAUUAUGUCUGCGGCGAAGAGCUGGUGUGCCUUUGCGGGUGUGCGAUUGCUGGUUAUCUCUGCAUGUGUGUUGGGUGGGGUGGCUGUUGGUGCCCCAGAGGGCGUUGUUCGAGUUCCGACUAGCGUUGACGAAAUGGUGGUGGGACCAUGGGCUGUCCGUACUGUUUGGAGAGUGAGGAGUGACAGGUUGGGAUGUUUCAGCAGUGGUAGGCUUUGCCCAGUUGUUGGAAUAAUGUCCAGCUCUAAAGAGGCGAAGGCGUGGGCGGAGCAGACCUUUCAGUUGUUGGGUGAGUGGCAGUGCUUGGCUGAGGGAAAGUGACAGGGUCUGGUUGAAAGUUUGAGUAGGCGGGCUGGUGACGUUGUUAGAACUGUCGGGACGUUGUUAGAACUGUUAGAACGUUGUUAGAAGUGACAGCUGCCAGUUCUGGGAAAGUGUGGGAAAAUGCGUUUGGUUCGACUGGAAGUCAAAUGCCGCAGCUGGGGAGGCUUAUCAUAUCCGUGGCAGGAGAUUGGCGGAAAGUUUUUCGGGUAUCCCUUUUGGCUAGGGGGCAGAUAAAUUACUUGCGGUGCCAAGGGGAUCUGUCAAGGAGAUCAGUUGUUCCGUUGAUCCGAGAGGUGUCGGGAAACUUAGAGGAGGCCCAGUGGGGGAACGGCUUGGGGUCUCUGGGGGAGCACGUUCCCAGCAAUGUACCAAGGAACUCCCGAAAGGAGCAGAUCCUAAUCCUGAAGGCUUAGAGGAAUCAAGCGCACAGGUGUUGUUACGGAUAGAUGGAAGUCAAGUUAAAGCCAUCCUCGGCACCGGGACGCCAGUUAAGUUGCUGUACAGUUUGUUUUAUAACCGUUAUUGGAAGAAUUUACCCUUGACGACAUUGAGGACACUGGAGAUUUGGGGUACCAGUGCCGGUGAUUAUCCAGAAGACGGUUGUUGGUCAGUGAAAAUGGAGUUCUUAGAGGCAAAUGUGGAGGUGACUGAGGUUCGUGAAUUGUUAAUGCUGAUGUGUCCGGACCCUGUUGAGACGGGCAGCGUUUCUGUUCUAGAGAGAACCAAUAUCCUGCUGGUGCGCUUGGGGGCCUGCCCAGAGGAGGCGGGUGAGAGCGGUUUGGAGGCAUUGUCGAUACACCCAGAGUUUCGAGCUGCUUGGGUGGAUGUGUGUAGCAGCAUUGGGCCGAUACCGAAUUCAAACAAGAGCCGGUGGCGGUACGGCCUGGGGGAAGUAUCUGAGGGUGAGACCCUCUUAGUGGACGCUGUGAAAUACCACGAGGGAGGGGAGUUAAGCGCUGAAGACACCUCGGAGAGAGAGAGGUUGCAGCGACUGGUCCCUGAAGCUGUGGAAGACGUAGGCAGCGUGUGUGUGGAUUAUAUUGAGCUGAAGAGGUGCACUGUCAGUGACCAGAAUAUGGCCCUGAGGGCCGAAGAGGCGAUGGCCUAUUUGAGUGGUGCAAAGUGGUUUAAGGUGCUGGAUCUGAGGAGUGGAUGUUGCCAGAUCCCUAUGAGUGGGGCCAACAAGGAGAAGACAGCCAUUAUAAAUUCCCUAGGAGUCUUCCGGUCCAAAAAGAUGCCACAGGGCAUAUCUGGAGCCCUUGCAACCUUCCUGCAGGGCAUGUGGACGACCAUGGGGGAUGUGGAGGCGUUUGGAGUUUUGGUGUAUGUGGAUGAUCGCUUGGUAUUUGGAUUUGCCUCAGGAGAAUAUGAAGUGAGGUCGUUGCAGGAGCAGCUGAGAACUACAGAGUUAAAGUGUUUUCUGAACACGUGCCAGGGCUGGCGAAGGUCGCAGCUCGUGAGUGACUGUCUCUACAGAAUCAAGUUUGAAAUGAAGACAGAGAGACUGGAGAAAGUUGAUCUGGAAGAAGUCAUGAGGAAGAAAAAGCUGGAGAGAAGAGCAGUGAAUACUGAACAGGAGGCUGAAGAGACUGCAGGAGCAGUGCAGGCCACGUGUUUCCGUUUGGAGAAGAUCGAACAGCAGCUACCGAUCACAGGAAUGAGGAAGAAUACAGAUUCGAUGGAUGAUGUGCUGGAUGUGUGGUACAUGCUGCCCUUUGCUGACUUUCCCUCGAUUGAGGAAGAGAUCUUUGGCCCUUUCCCCCUGAGUCAGGUGUAGUGGGGAGGGUUAGCUGUGUGCAGUGGGGGGCAUGAGUGAGAGGUUGAGAGAGGAGUUGGUAGUGGGCCCAAGGUAUCCCCAGUUGUGUCCUAGCCUGAAGGAUUUAGGUGAGGGGGUACGGAGGUCUCGGAAGGAUUAGGGAACUCCCAGAUAGUUGGCCUAUGUAGCGCCUGAGGAACAGGGCGUGAGGUUUAUUGUGUGGGGAGGAGAUGUCACUGUUUGUGCUUGAGUUACGGUGUGUUGGCAGGAAAGGUGGCGAGUUAUUUAAUAGUCAUAAGGACAUGACUUUUAUUUGGUGGGGGGAGAGUGUAAAGGGGGUUUCUUCUUUUUUCUUUGUUACUGUGUAUGUAAUCAAAAUGGCUUCUUUGUUUUGUUAAAAGUAGGAAUGCUUCUUUGUUGCGAGAGAGUGUUGGAAGCUUGUUUGUGUUAAAAUUUACUGAUAAGGUCAAUUGUAUUCCUUUGUAAACCAAUUGGGAUUAAUGUUCUUUCUUCUGAGUCUGUAAGCUAUUGUUGGUGGGCUUUUGGGCAGGUCGGCGCGAGGGGGUGAGAGUGAGAGAGGACGCGAUGCUGUAAACUGGGCGAGGAACAGACCCCAAGCGGGGGUCUGAGGCCAGGAGGUACUCGGAGGAGAGGAGACGAAGAUAGAUGUGCUUGGUUGACCACUUGGAGAGUCCUGAGCUGCGAGUCGAGGAGUUCGGAGGGGAUCGAAUGGUGGCCAGAAGACUUCAGUAAUUGAGCUCCAACGGUUGUGCACGAAGUGGUUUGGACUUUGAUAAGUUUGGCGCCUUUUCUUUAUUUUUUCUUCUUCAUGUAUACUGUAUCGUUAUUAAUCACUUGGUUAUAGUAACCUUUAUAAAUUGUUCUCAUUUAAUCGCAUAUGGUGUACUGUCUGUUUUUGGGCGAGGCGGGAACAUCACACAGCAUCCACACCAGCUGAUUACCCAGUUUGGCGGGGCCGAAGGCUGCUCCCCCUAGACGAGAACGAGCUGAGCGAGCCUGAGGCGACCCAGGGGGUUACAUUAUGUACAUUCAGUCAGUCUCUAUAUGUAUAACAUUAUGAUGCAGAGGAUUGUUCCUAUAUUUAUAUUAGUUUUGUUUUUUUAUUAUGUUCUUUAUACUUGUUAUAUUUUAUACUGCACUGGAUCUGGAGUAACAAUCAUUUCACUCUCCCUUACACUCGUGUACUGACAAAUGGCAAUAAACAAUCUUGAAUCAAAUUGAAGAGGACGAACGAUACCACAGGCAUGGGCAUUAGAACAAAGAAAUGGAAUAGAAUCAAUGAAAAACUACCCACCAGGACUGACAAACAACCAAUGUUCAAAAGAAGACAAGCUGUGCAAAUACAAAAAAAGAAACCAAACAUGGCGGCUCCACCCUGUCAUCUGGCUGUGCUAUCGAAUUUUCAUGGCAGUCUACAGCCUGGCCUGGUGCAUCCGCAGCGGCAUCCAGACCAACAGCUUCAAGUGGUUCAUUUUCCUCACCCACCUAACCUAUACCAUGCUCACUGCCUACUUCAACUUGGCAUUGAUCAAUCUUAUUUGCUGCAUAGCAUUUGGGAAAAGGAAAGAAACUCAAAACGUCAAGGAGGCCUCUUCAGCAGAGUUGUCACUCCCCAACCCAAAAUCAGCCAUAGAAGUCGAAGGCGGGAGCUCGUUGUGCGUAAAGAGGAAAGAAUUCCCAUCGCCACCUUCACUGCUGCGGCACCCCAUUAGCAUCCAGUGGGAUCUGCUCAACAUGAUGUGUGUAAUCAGCCUCUACGUCACCAUCGCUUUCUGGAGCAUUGAUUAUGUCCCGGGGCUUGUGGCCCCCGACUCCAUUAACAUCAACGUGCACGUGGUGAACUCAGUGCUGGUGCUGCUAGAGUUAGGCAUGACAGCAGCUCCCAUUCACCUCGCCCACUUCGUCUACGUCCUGCUCUACUGCCUGUCCUACAUUCUUUUCACCAUUGUUUACUGGGCGCUGGGGGGCACCAACCUCAAGGGCAAGCCAUACGUCUACAGGAUACUCAAUUACAGCAAGUCCCUGGGUGCUGCCACAGGCUGUAUUGUUGGGAGCCUCUGCGUCAUCUUGCAGCUCCUUCAGUUCUUGGUGUGGAACCUCCACCUCUUAAAGCACCACAUAUACCUCAGGCUCAUGUGCAAGGACAACAAUGUAUCACACCGUUAACCCAGCCGUACAAAACUAUUCUCUCCAAAACUAGAUCACAAAGUUGGGACCAAACCCAAAAAUGAAAGAGCAAUAACCACAUCAAACAUCGACAUGCAGAACAAUGCUUCAAUUUUAUUCUUUUGGAAGCACCCACGAAGUGAAUUUGUUUUUCCAACAUCAUUAGGUUUGCCAACAUGCUACUAUUUAACUGAUCAUGUGUAACGAUCGUUCAGUUUCUCAGCCAAUGUACAUCCAAAUCAAUAUCUGAUUUCACAAGUUGUUAUCACAAGUUGUAACAAGAUUGAAGAUCCAGGAUUAUUUGUCGCAUGUACGUCGAAAGAUAAGAGUGAAAUAUCUCAUUUGUGUUAACAACCAACAGAUCCGUGGGUGUGCUGGGAGCAGGCCGCAAGUGUUGCCACGGAUUCCAGCGCCAACAUGGCGUGCCCACAAUGGCCAGCAGAACGCAACAGGCAACAAAACAGCAACAACACAGCAAGUCCCUUUCCUCCCUCCCACCCACCCACGCACAUGCACCGUCUUCCUACUCCUGGACAGGCCUCUAGGCUCCAGCCUCCAGCAAAUAGACUCUGGCCUGCAUUCAGCAGGCUUUGACAUUCCCAAUGGAGUUGUAGUGAUUAGCAGACUCGGCUCUGGCCAACGGGCCUUAAUUCCUGGACUUCUGAUUCAUCCUCGGGCCUCAAUCUUUGGCAUUGAUCCCAGGAUAUGCUGAUCAUCGCACAUCAGGCCUCCAAAUCUGGACUCGCCAAUGAUGGGAACCUGAACAUUCUGCUUCAAAUUCCCCUGGCCCGCAGAGAACCCCUACUCUGGAACGAGCCGACAACUCACUGGCCUGGGGGAAGGGGGCUCAUCCACUCUUUGUGUCAAGCACAGUAAAAGAUUGAAUUUCCUGGAGAUUAAACCCAAAACUGUAUUUAUAAUCUCUCCAUCUGAUUUUAGACUGGCGUUGGACUUAAUAAUUGUCAUAGAGUUGGCUGCUCCCAAGAUGUUGCUGAAAUGUCCAAAUGAAGGGGCUUGAGUCAACCUAUUGACUGUCCUUAAUUGAUGGGAAUGUGUAAUUUGAGCCUUCAAGCCUGCUCAGAUGUUUAUCAAGAAAGUGGCUGACCUCCCUGUAACCCCAGCUCCACUUUCCCUCUAAAGCAUGGCAACCAUUCAUAUCCCUGUUUUUUCAAGAUUCUAGCUACCUUUGCUUUAAAAGUAUACAGAAUGUCUGUUUCCAAUGCCUGUGGAAAAGAAUUUCAGUAACAGCAAGUGAAAAAAAAAUCACUUCAUAUCUGUCUUAGAAGGAUGAUCGUGUCUUUUAAAACAGUGACGCCCUAUUUCCAGAUGCUUUUAUAGGGAAAAACAUACUCGGAACAACAUGAGAUGCUGGAGGAACUCAUGGAGUAAAGUGGGCUGUUGGGUUUCAAAUCAAGACCUCUCACUUGGACUGUUCUGGUCCAGAUGAAGUCUCUCAGCCUUAACCGUCAACUGCUCAUUUUCCUCAAAAGUGGUGCCUGACCCAUUGAGAUCCUCCAGCAUUUUGUUUGGUUUUUUAAUCAAGUUGUAGUCACCCUUCGAGAGCAAGGAACGUUUCUAUGUUGGAAGAGGCAGCUGAAGCACUCUCAAACCGCAACCCACCACAAGAACUGUUGCCAAGAAAUGUGGUCAAUGAGAGAAACGUCACCAUUGCAAACUUCUCCACAACCAAAAGUUGCAAAAGUCUCAAGAGGACCUCUGCCAAAGCAAACUGUUCACUCCCAGGAAUGUAUUACAACUGCAUUAUAUUUGACUCUGCUAACUCAUGAAUAUUGUGGGCUGGCAUGCAAACAUGCAAAGGGAAGGAGAACGAUUUUUAAUAACUUAACAUAGCUUCAAGGAUCAUGCUGCCUACUACAAACAGGAAGAAAUAACCUAUAGCCAUUGAUCCGGAUUGGUCAAUCUAUAGGUUGCUUGGUGGUCAAUGACUUCAUAUAUUUUCCCACCUGACCCCAUAUCCAAAUAUCAUAGGGUCAUAAAGAGAGCUUCAUAAAACAGGGCAUUGAGUACAUGUUGAAGUUGAAUAAGACAUUGGUGGGGCCUAAUUUGGAGUAGCGUGUGUCGUUCUGGUCACCUAACUACAGGAAAGGUAUUAAAAAGGUCAAAGCGAUGUGGAGAUAUUGGCAAGGAUUUUCCCGUGACUUGAGGACCUGAGUUAUAGGGAAACAUUGAAUAAGCUGGGACUUUAUCCCCUGGAGUGCAAGAGAAUGAGGGGAGGUCUUAUAGAGCAAUAAAGGGUAUAGAUAUGACAAAUGCAUGCAGGUUUUUCCCCUGAGGUUGGGCGAGACUAGAACUAGAGGUCAUAGGUUAAGGGAGAAAGGUGAAAUAUUUAAAGGAACUAUGAUGGGGAUCUUCUUCACUCAGAGUGUGCUGUGAGUGUGGAAUGAGCAGCCAGCAGAAGUGGUCAAUGCUGAAUCAAUUUUAACAUUGAGAAAAGUCUGGGCAGGUAUCUGAAUGGGAAAGGUUUGGAGGGAUGAGGUCUGAGUGCAGGUAGAACAUCAAACGUGGAACAUAGAACAGGAGAGUACAGUACCGGAUCUUCGGCCCACGAUGAUGUUGCCAGUCCAAGAUCAAUCUAACACUUCCCUCCCACAUAGCCUUUCAUUUUUCUUGCAUCCACGUGCCAACCUAAGAGUCUCUUAAAUGCCUGACUAUAUCUGCUCUUAGCACCACCCCUGACAGUGCGUUCCUCGCAGUCACCACUCUUUGUGCAAAAAAAGCUUAAGUACCUCUGACAUCCCCCUGUACUUUCUCCCAACCAUCUAAAGAUUAUGCCCUCUUGUAUUAGACAUUUCUGCCCUGAGAAAAGCUCUGACUUUAUCGAGGACUUUUAUCAUCCUUACUAUUGAAAAGGUACUGCUGAGCCAACUUCAUCUACCACAAUAGUAAUUGCUGUGAUGCUACCUCUACAGUAGCAUUGCAUAGCAAAUUCCAACAUUUAAACUCAGAGACAAUGAAGAACAUCAAUAUACACUCAGUGGCCACUUUAUUAGGUACCCUCCUGCUUCUGUAGUCUAUCCACUUCAAGGUUCAACAUGCUGAGUGUUCUGCCUACCACUGUUGUAACAUUUAUAUACUUGAGUUACUUUCACCUUCCCAUCAGCUUAAACAAGUCUGACCAUUUUUCUCUGACCUCUCUUGGUAACAAGACAUUUUUGCCCACAGAACUGCUACUCAUUAGAUAUUUUAUGCUUUGUUUUUUUCACACCGUUCUUUAAAGUCUGUUGUGUGUGAAAAACCGCAGGAGAUCAGCAGUUUCUGAGAUACUCAAACCACCCCAUCUGGCACCAACAAUCCUUCCUCAGUCAAAGUCACUUAGAUCACAUCUCCUUCCCAUUCUGAUGCUUGGUCUGAUCAACAACUGACCCUCCUGACCACGUCGGCAUGCUUUUAUGCAUUGAGUUGUUGUCGCAUGAUUGGCUGGUUAGAGUAUUUGCAUAAACGAGCAGGUGUACCUCAUAAAGUGGCCACUGUGUAUAUAGAUAUGCAGGAGCAGGGAGGCCAAAUCACCUCUCAGAUAAUGUGUUACCAUUUUAUCCUGUACCCAGUUUCUGGGGCAAUAUUCAUGUAUGUAUCCGUUUGCCUUCCUUUUUGUAUAUAAUAAAUAUUGUCAGCAUAUUCGUAGCAUAUAUUUAGACAUAUCAAUUCUUAAAGACAUUAAAUAUCUGUACAAAAUCCAUGUAGCUGUAAAGUAUAUUGUAUUAUUGUUCUCCCAAUCCAAGUUAUGUACUUUCUAAUAAAUAUAAUGUAUGCAUCACCUGAAGUACAGUCAGAUUCAUUAUGAACCAAGUGCAUGGGAUUGAUGGAUGGUUGUUACAUUACCCUGUCCUCCCUUUUAGCAGCAAAGAUUCAAAGUACAUUUAUUAUCAAAGUAUAUAUGCAAUAAGCAGCUCUGAGGUUUGUCUUCCCACAGACAGACACGAAAGUGAAAACCACCCGAAACCUGUUCAGAGCAAAAUGUCAAACUCCCUGUUCCCAACGGUAACAAUUCAUUUGUAAGGUGGUGGAGAAAGGGUCCUGAUGAAGGGUCUCAGACUGAAAUGUCAACUGUUUAUUCCCCUUCAUAGAUGCUGCCUGACAUGCACUUUGUGUGUUGCUGUGCAUCCUGCUGAGUUUCUCCAGCAGACUGUUUGUUCCUCAAUUACCUACUGUGUUCUGACUAGUAUCUACUACAUUGA